AUGCCACUCAUCGCAGUUAAUGAACAGGGAGAUAGUCUCUCCUAUGAAGAAUCAGGCACUCCAGCUAAUUCAGAUGAUCUUUACACGACUUUGAUUAUCGUUCACGGGACUGCUUUUCAUGGACAAUGCUUCAAGCGCCUCCUCCCACUUGCUCCUCAUCACCAAAUCCGACUUGUACUGGUAAAUAGGCGCGAUUAUCCUGGGUCAACACCCUAUACAGAAGAAGACAUUGAUAAGAUCAGGGUCGACAGCGCCGAAACACAUGCCGAAUUUGCGAAAGCUAGAGCUGCGGAGUUUGCACGGUUCAUCAGGACUUUCGUAGAGAAGGAGAACGUUCCCAAGGCAUCGGCCGAUUGGAAACGUGGUGGAGUUGUCCUUUUGGCCUGGUCUUCUGGAAACAGUUAUACUCUUCCGCUGCUAUCUUACAUUGACUCCGUCCCGGGAGAUACGAGGGAGAUACUCUCGCAAUACCUAAGAUCCCAUGUGAUUUUUGACGCCCCAAGUUGGAUCCUCGGCCUUACACCCAACACCGCCGGUUUCGGAGUUCUCACCAACAAAUCCGUAUCUUUAGAAGGACGAGCGAACAGCUUCAGCGAAUUUGUAUCUUCGUACUAUACCCACAAGAGUCUCACUUCGCGUAAAUUUGAGGAUCUACAGGUCUAUCCGGUUGAAGGACCUCGCUCUAAGAAGAGUACAACUUCACGCAUGUCACCUGAAGAGCUACGCGAGACGACAUGCUAUGAGGCUGUUGCACGCAGUGAAAUCGGCGCCCGUACAGGAAAUCCAGCUAUCUACGCUGAACGGAUCAGACGGGCUCUAUUUGAUGACGAGCUUGCUAAGUAUUUGCCGCGGUGCAGUGUUAAUGUCGUUUGGUGCGAGUAUUCGGCAUGGCCUUGUAUUGAUAACACGUGGGGACUUCAAGCGGCUCGGGAGAAGGCAGAUAAGCAGGGCAUUGUUGGAAGGCCUUUGAGGUUCUUCAUGAUGCCUGGAGUGAACCAUUUCCCACAUUAG